AUCAUACUUUGUUGCACAAUGAAUUUUUCAGACCCCGAGGGUAAGUAUGAAGCCUUGGAGAAAUAUGGUAAGGAUUUGACAGCCAUGGCACGCGAAGGGAAGCUUGAUCCAGUUAUUGGAAGGGAUGAUGAGAUAAGGAGAUGUAUACAAAUAUUGUCUAGGAGGACUAAGAACAAUCCAGUCUUAAUCGGUGAACCUGGUGUCGGGAAAACUGCCAUAUCUGAAGGGCUUGCUCAGAGAAUAGUUGAAGGUGAUGUACCCCAAGCUUUGAUGAACCGCAGGUUGAUAUCUCUUGAUAUGGGUGCUCUAAUAGCUGGAGCAAAGUUCCGCGGUGAAUUUGAAGAUAGACUAAAAGCUGUCCUGAAGGAAGUAACGGACUCAGAUGGACAAAUAAUCCUCUUCAUUGAUGAGAUCCAUACUGUUGUCGGGGCCG